AUGGCCGCCGUGUUGGAGGAAUACUUUGCUGGGAAGAUUUCUUCCCAAAGUGUGGUUUUGUGGUUAUCUUCUAAUAAAUGUGUGUUUGAAACAGAAAAUGAAGUCUUUCGUGACCAUUCCCUUCGAGCUGAUUUCCUGCCAUUUUUCAUCAAUUAUCUGCGAGAGCAGACUUCGCAUCUCAUCUGCCAUGGGGCGAGCUCAGCUGCUUCUCCAGUCAAGACUCCGGCCAGUGCCCAGAAGUUUUGGCGAUUAAGCCAGCAGCAUCAGAACCCUGCUGAGGGACCACAGCGACAAGAGUGCAGUGGCAGGGACACACAGCGUCGACUAAAUAGGACCCAACUUUUUAGCCCCAGCCCACUGAGGUCGGAAGCCUCGGAGGGGACAUUGACUCAAAAGCCGCUGUGCUCAGAGGAAGAGAGUCCACUGAGGAUAGCAACAGAAGAACAUUCCUGGCACCAAGGAGGUCAUUUUUAUCUUAAGACACCUCUUGAUGAAUGCAAGGGAAGAACAAAAAAGAGUUCCUCAUCCUUUCACAAAAAAGAGGAGCACGCCACACUCGGUGAUUACAUCAAACCAGAUGGACCAAGCUUCAACCAGCCAAAGGGCCGGCGUCGCAGUGAUCAGUAUCAUCUCCAAGAAAAUGGCUCCUACAGGACUCCUUCAAACACCAAGCGCAGGUCCAGUCGUAAGGGCAACAAGACGUCUUACAGUGACAGCUCCCUGAAAACAAAGUCCAGGUCAGUGAUCCAAGACCCUAGUGUACCCAAAUUCGUCUUAAAUGACUCCGACGACUUCCCUGCGGUGGGAUCCCCAUCCACGGCUGCAACUGUUCCAACAAGAAGAAUCACACCAACCACCAUCACCAGUCAUCUCAAAGUCCUCACCACCAGAGUUAAACAGCAACCCCUCUCCACUCCUGCUUUUUCCAAAUCAUAUCAGGAGGAGCCAUCACUUCAGAGCUCUUCAUUUGGCAUGGCAUUUCCAUCUCCCACCGCCAGUUUGCACAGUCAGUCCCAAUCUAGCCAAGGCCUUGAAAAGGAGAGAGAACUUUUGCGGCUUGAACGCCUCAAGCAACAAGCGAGUCUUCCAGACCCCAAUAAGGAAAGCUCCUCCAGCAACCCCGUUCCUGCUUGUUCUUUGCUGACACCACAGACUCCUACAAAGCCAUCGAAAACCUCCUCUGCCUUCUCCUACCCGUCUGAGUUUGCCAAGGCCUCAAGGGAUGAGGUGACCUACCAAGACCAUGUUGACAAGCUCGUGGACCUUUAUUCAGCAUGUACAAAAGAAUGUUUGAUGCCAAAUCUGACAAUGGAGCUUUAUUUCCUGGUUCACUUGCUGACUGCUAAAGGAAGCGUGUCAACCGUGGAAGGUAUCAACGGCAGCUGUGAUCUGGAAGAUGUCAAUUAUCUCUGCUCCAUCCACAAUUGCGUGUAUUUUGCUGUGUCGGUGCUUCUCCGGCAAUUCUGGCUCCUGUUGUUCCUGGAUAAAGCCACCUUGAGGCUGCUCUCAGAGGUCCCUCACUUGUCCAACUUUAGCCCCACCCUCAAGGCGAAGUUGGAGUCGGCCGUUGAGGGAGGACCAGCAAAGUCCAUUAUGGUGACCACUAAGUCUCCUGUCCAAGCCGUUCCAUUCCUGGCUGACACAGACAACAGGAGAAAUUUCCCCAGUGAAGAAGCCUUCCAUGGCUUCAAAAAGCAGAGGGACAAGUUCUAUGAGCUGGUACGUGAGUGGUUGGAUUGCCACAACAAACCAGAAUGGAGCAUGGUGGCAGUGAUGUCCAAACGAAUUAGGGAUUUGGUUCAGCAGGUUGUGGAGAUAUCCAACUGUACCCACUUUGCCAGACUCUUCACUUCUCAGCUCACAAGGAUGUGUCAGGGGGAAGACCCAAUAUCUGACUAUAAUGACGACGGCAAGGAGCAAGGUUUCCUAGGCAACCUGAAGAAGACAAACCCAGAAAAAUUCAAGAGACUUGAAGAGAGGUUCUGUAUCCCGACUGUGUCCGGCGGGCCAAGCCCGCCUCCAACCUUUCCUGGUUGCCAGGAGUUCUUCAAGACAUUCAUCCUGGUGGCAGACAGUUUUCUAUUCAACCAACACCUGAUUGAUAACUUUGCCAGCAAGAUUACAGAGCUGAAUGAGAUGCAGUUUGGCUUGUCCGACCAAGAAGGGGACGCUGAGUCUAACUAUGUUGAUGAUGAGGUUCGCAGUAGCUUCAGCAGCAGUCUGCAAUCUGCCAGGAUCCUUGCCAAGUUCCUGGGUUUCCUUGUCUUCCUACCGUACCGUGGACACGAUGCCCUCCCUGAAGCUGUCCAAGGAGAUGUGAUCACACUCCGUAGCAAGUGUUGCCCUCCGAUCGACAUCUUAGACAGCUUGCGGCUGUCUUGUCACCAGCACCGGUUGGUCAUGACCAUCCCUUGGGUAGUGGAGUAUCUCAGCAUGGUGGACCCCAUGGCGGCUCAACUGGAUUCCAUCCAAGUCAUCCUCCGACUCCUGGUCCAGGUUUACAGGAAAGUUUCCGCAAGGCUGAGCUCUGAUCCAACCAGCUACAAUAUGUUACUGGUUCUCCUGGUCCUGGGAUGGCUGUUUGAGGUUCCAGGUAUGCCAGCAUCUAUGUACUUCUUGAGUUUUGGAGAUGACUUUGUGUUCGACAGUGCCAUUAUGCAGCGAAGAGCAACUGGCCCAUCACUCGACAAUCUUCAUCUUGUGGACCAGCAGUUACUGUACCUUUGCUGUCCUUACCUUGGGGACAUUAGAGCUUUGUUGACGGAUGCUUCCCUUGGCUUUGGAUCCAAAACCACACCCAUGAAAAAGAUUACACCCAUUGCUGCUAAAACUCCGCCUCAGCCCAUCCCGACAGCUCAGCAACUACAGCAAGAUCUGGAGAAGAAUUUCUUUGACAACCAUUCCCCGUCCCUGAAGAAAACUGUGGACUUUGUCAGCUCCCGACUUGCCUCAAACUGUAUCAAGGACAUCGAUGCCAGGCUGGUGUCAGCAGCGCGAGAGAAGGCAGGGGCAUUGCUGGAGGAAGAGGUUAGGUUGGAGGAAGUUGGAACACUAGACGAAGACUGGACGAGCGAGAUGCAGGGAGCCCUCUUGAAGCGAGUCAAGCUCAAGGGGGAGGAGGUUACCACAGCAACCAAGGAGACGGCAGUGGAGCAAGCUAAAACGUUUGUUUUCGGGAGAAGCAGGGAUGCCUUGUUUGUGCUCCUCCCUGAAGAAUCAUCUGAUCAAGUCCUGCAAGCGGCAGCUUACAUCACUGGCAGGCUGGCCCUGGAGCGCACAACACACUGGAUUAACACUCAGAUUCAAGCCGCCAUCCAGCAGGAGUUGAAAACAGAUGUUGAAAAGGCACUCAGAAUAGCCAGAAAGGAAACAGUUGAGAAGCCUAAGUUCUGUCUACCCGUCCACCAUGACAGGGAUGCACAUCCGCCUUCGGUCGUGCUACAGCAGUAUAAGGAUGUACUCAGAUAUCUGCUGACCGGACACGCCAUUCACCAAGUGACUUUGGAUGAAUUAACGAACCUCCUUGCAGCCACCAGACAAGUUUUGCAUUCCAGACAGGAUCUGACCCCUGUUGCAUGGCAGACAAUUCAGCAGCUCUCCAUGGAGCUGGUGUGUGCGUUAGCCAUCGUCAAGCCAGCCCACCUCCAAUCUCCCAUUCAAGCAGGGAGCAUAUGCUCCUCUGAUGUCUACAACGAAAGGCCGGGCACAACUUCUGAGGAGGUCGAGGUUGCUCCGGUUGAACCAUGCAACUUGGGACUUGUUGAAAACAAGGCAAGUCUGGUGUCCACAGACUCUGGCGUGCAGCAGCAUCAUUCGUGGUCUUCAGGAGAUUUCAGCAAAUCCAAUCUUAGGCAUGAGCUACUUGCAGUGAAAGGCACUACACCUAAGAAAGCACUUGGUGUACACCAAGGAAACAGUCAUUGCGAGAAACCAAUCUCAAAUGACGUUGGAGGAAGAAAUAAUCUGAGUCCAGAUGUCAAUAAAACCGUCAGCAAGGAUGACUUGAGCAAAAACUCUGACGGUGGAAUGAAAAGUUUUGAUAGCAAGCCCAGUGGCAGAGCGUGCUGCCUAGAUGCAUUUGUUGAGCUGUGGAAGGACCAUUUCAAGUGUCAGGUUCCUGCUCAACUUUUCCUGUGUCCAAGGACGGUCCUCCUGAUUCGGCAGGGCCAAGAUGGGAAGGAAAGCUGGGAGUCGGUAGGCCACGCGGUAUGCACCUUGCUCACCCAAGGGCUGAUAGAUCCAUCCACGAUUGCUGAGUGCCUUGUUAGUUUAUUGGAGUCGGACAGUGUGGAAGUGACUGAGGCUGUGGCUCAUGUCAUGUGGACCAUUGGCCAACAUGCAGCACAAGUCAGCAGCCACAAGCAAGUCGGAGAUGAGUGGAGCUCACCUAAUGUUAUGUCCCUCCUGCAUGCUCUGAUCUCAAGAUGUCCAGAGGGUGACAUUCUUCAUCAGCUAUGUGACUAUGCACAACACCAAAUGCACCAUUGAGGCCGACUUCAAACAUUCUGUCAUCAGAGAAACUUUUCCACCAAAACAAAGUGAAAAGAUCAGUUUGUGAUAUGGAUAUUUUCAGUUUCAAUGUAAAAAACAUACAGGUUAAAAUUAUCAAAGUGUUACAUGAUUUUUUUGGAAGUUCAACUAUUUCUCCAAGUUUUUAAUUAGAGUUGUAACAUUAGUUUACUUUUAUUGCAAAUAAUAUCAUGUUGUUUGCAAUUUAAUGCACAUGUGGUAGGCUUCACGCAGGUACUUCAGUGCUCAUCAAAGUUACAUUAAUUCAAGGGGAUGCCAUUACCCAUGGGAGCACUGCACUCAAGCACGCAUACACCUGUCAGGUCACUACACCCCUACAGGUGUACCACGUUCGCAUGCCGGUGUUGCGUGCGUAUUACUUUCCUCUUUGACCAGUAGGAUGUUGUGACUUGCCACUCUUUGAAUCAUCAAAAUUAAUGGCUUCGGUUGUAAGAGUGGGUAAAUGGCUUAAAAACAUUCGUUUGGAGUCUUUAAAGUUACUUUCAGAAUGUCACAGAAUGCUUUGAACCCACUGUGUGGAAUUUCAUAAGCACGCUCUAAUCUGAGUAGUACUUCCUCCCACUGUCAACAAAACUAGAUUUACUUCUGUGCAUGUCUGACAGGCAUCUCUCAUUUCAGUGGGCUGUUCCCAUUGCAAGGAAUAACCCCUAUUAGUCCAGUUUUAUAUCAGCAGCGAUGUUGGUAAUGCCAACAAGUCGGACCUGCUCAAGUCAUGUUGCAAGUACUUUUUCCCCAAAUCAAGUCUCGAAAAAGAUUGCAACUCAGUCUGAUUGCGGUCUGUUCAGCAACUCGAGUCAACGACACUGGUCAGUGCACAUGGAUGGAAGAUGAAAAGAGAUGGGAUCAUACUGCCAUGGCAGAAUUCACACAGUCUGGAGUAGAGUAGUGGGGAAUUGGGCAUGUGGAGUUGGUGGGUUUUAGUGGGUUUGUUCGAUUAGUAGGGGUGCGGAGAUUAGCAGCAAAUGACAAUUCAUCAAUUACACCAUACAGUGACUCAUCUCGUUAAGUACACCCUACAAAGUAUCGUGUUGUACGUAGACUUUGCACUCUAAAUAGGUCACUUUGUAAUGUGCAUCCAUCAAGAUAGGUCACUUUGUGGUACGACCAGUGAAUUAAUAUUGAAAAUGAAGGAUUGAGGACUCUUAGGGUUAUUAAGUCCUCACUUGAUAAGCCACAGCAUGACAAUGACCACCACAUGUACAACAGAACCAAAAUCCAACUGUCUCUUUUUAUUUCACAUAUAUUUGCCGUUUAAUAUUUAACAUGUUUGUGUCAUACUCUAUGAUAGACAUUACAUUCUGGAAGACCAGUACAAACAAUAAAUGGUGCAGACUUUCAAGUUUAGAGUCGGCUUUGAUUACUUCCAACUAAUACAAACAUUGGAAAUUACACUGGUACUUUAGGUAGGGAGGCCCAUGGGUUUUAGACUUUUCCAGCAAUGACCACACGUCUGAUAUUGUUGAAAAGUGCAACUCCAGAGCAGUUCUUUGGUGUAUAAAUCACCUUCAUAAGUUUGUACUAUAGUGAAGAUAUAACUCUCUGCAAUAUACUGGUAUGGGUGCAUGUGCCUGUCGCUUAAGAUUCAUUCUCAUUUAUUUCAGUGGAAUAAAGUAAAACUGGCAUACUUUUUUUUAAAGUCUUCUUGCUUACUAUUGCUAAAGAGGUGGUCUGUAAAUGAUAAUACCAUGCAUGAAUAAAGCUUUGAUGCAUAGCCUACAAAAUAGCCAUAUUUUAUGGAUUUCAAGACUAAACCUAAAGUAGACGUACAGUGUACACAUAUACUGUCAUGAAAACUUGCAAGUAACCAGAGAACAGUUUUGAGCAUAUUUGAAGCAUAUCGUAUCGUACAAAUACAAAGCCAAAAAUGUGAAGGAGACUUACAACUUGCUGCUUUUGGUCUGUAAUUAAAAGAAUAACAUGAAUAAAGGAAAGAAUUUCGAAGUGUUGUGAUUGAAAAA